GGCGAACAUUCAGCUCGGGGACGAAUAACGUACCACGGCGGACAGCGCGUAGUAAAUUCGCAGUUAUGAGCUGCUUGUGCGAGUAUACUCCCGCCUGAUGAUUUACGGGGGACCAUACGGCUGACACGGUAACGCGGUUAAUGGCGUCGCGUCUCUCGAGCGCGUCACACUGAUGAACGGAUAAUUAAUCCCCGAUCUCAUUGCGAUGGUUUUUUUUCGAAAUCUCAGAAACAGACUCGCGAAUCUCUUUGCUGUCUUUGCUAAUCCGCACUCGGGAUAUUAUUUGCGCGCUGCAGCCGCGACUCUUAAUGGCAAAAUUGACUUGAAAUUACUUCCUUUUAGCACUUGUGCGUUGCGAUUUUACUAUUGUGACAAUAACGCCUCGUCUUUCCUAUCUGUUUUUCACGAAUGUCAUUCGAACCAUGUUUAUCUAACAAAGUUGAUUCAAUUAUUAGAUAAUAAAACUGGAAAUAAUAAUAGAUUAUUCGUAUAUAAUUCUGAUUUAAGAUGUAACUUUGUUAAGUGACAUGCAAGAUUUAAUUAAUUAUGAGAUGCAACCUUUCUAUCGCGAUAUUUCGACACGAAAUUCGGAAUUGAUUAACGUUUUGUUUGAUUAUAUAUAUACAUAACGAUGAUAACAUUAAUAAUAUUUUACAAUGAAAUUAUUUCAUUUUUGAGCCAUUUGACACGUUUAUUCCCUUUCGCACGUUUCUGCACGAUUAAUUAUUAUCGUGUCAUGUGGAAAAUCACAUUUGUAGCGAUGAUGCUGGCUUGUGCUUGCAAAAUGAUAUAUUAUAGAUAACAGGACAUUCGACUCUGAUAAUCGAAACUAUAUACCAUCAACUAUAUACCGAUUAGAGCCGUAUCAAUAAUCUCCUUAAUUAUAUAACUUGUGUAAAAUACAAACUUUGCUUUAAUUCAUUGCGAAAGAUUUAUUUCUUGAGACUGUGUGCGUCAUGUAUGCAAAUUGUUUACGUGGAAUCAGGCGGAUUCAAGGAAUGGCUUCAGAGGAAACAUAAAGAUAUCUCUGUCAUAGCACAGAGAGAUUUCAUAUUUUUUAUUUUUACAAGAUAGAGAAAUUUCACUUUGUAGAUACCUCCAAAUGUCUUUAAUUUGUAACGACUCAAUAUGUUGUCAUUAAUCGGAGUUAGUUUGAAUGUGCGUCUCGUAGAAAAAUAUUUUCACGUGACCAACGUAUAUAAUACAUUUUGUAUGUGAAGACGAUAUUGAUCGAGCGGUUAGCCUUGGAAACUACCUCUUGCGACUAUCAGCUUAAACGCGAUGUAUAUUUGCACUUCUUCUCGCGCGUACAUGUCUUGGCACUUCAAAAUGUCGGCUGUUGAUUUACCGUCACGCGUAUUAACCGAUAAUGAUAUCAUCUGCGCGAGAUUUCUAUUGGACAUGAGAUGCUGAACUCGAGAAGAUAAUCAAGGAGAAAAUAAUCCACGAUUAAUAAGCCUCCGUUGAUCUUAUCAUUGCCGUUCGUGGAAAUGUUUUACUCACGUAGAAAAUGAGCAUUAAGCUUCAACACGUCUCUUUUAAAAUAAUGAAGUGACUAAAAAUAUCUUCGUGUUAUUUAGAAGAUACUGAAUAUCAAAGAAGGAUAGUAUAAUUUACAUGCAAGAUUCGCUCGUUUCGAAAACUUGUUUUCUGAAGGAAAAGCGACUUUCGAUGUAAACCAGAGGUAACCACUUCUAGUCGAGUGGCUUUUCGGUACGUUAUAGUUCCGCUACAAGACCGUCCGUGUAAUUAACCCCCUAAAGUUAAUUAAUUCCCCGUGGAUGAGAUAUAUUAUGCAUGCUGCAUUAUACUAAAACAACUAAUGCCCGGAUUUCGUUGCGGUUGAAAAUCUAAUAUGCAAUUAUGUCAGCUCGAGUUUUUGAAAAUCCCCGAUUUAACGUGAAAAAGGAUUUUACACCUGAUCAUACGUUCAAAUACAUGUCUGUUUAACGUUUAUUGUCGCUCUCGUUAUGGCUAAGCAAGGUGAGUUCUCCCGCUUCGAAUCAUUUUCGAACCGGUUGUGAUCAAGUACAAAUAUAAAUACAACGCGAAUGCUAAAGGGUGAAUAAGUUUUGUGCGGUUCUCGAACAUGGCACGCCGUGUUUCUCCCGUUCAAAUAUAUGCCUGUUUGGCGUUCGUCGUCGCCAUCGUUGCGGCUGGCAAAAAAGAAUGCGAUCAAUCAAAGUGUCCGGGUCCGUUGGCGUACUACAAAUCGCUGCAUUGUACGCCGGUGUACAAAAACAAAGGCGACUGUUGCGCGAUAAAAUACAACUGUGAUCAUCUCAAGAUAAGGUCUCCAGACAAGUGUUACGUCAACGAUAACGUGUAUGAGAUCGGAGAUAAACUGAAGCCUGAAGACGCGAAUCCUUGCGACAUCGGAUGCACUUGUAGUCGUGGAUACGAUAAUGUUGCCACGUUUGUUUGCGCCGUUGUCGAUUGUUUCUUCAAACCUAUCUACUCCAACCCUACAAACCCUACUACAAACUACUGCUACAAACGCAACGAUCCGACAAAAUGUUGUGGCGGCUCAGAAGAAGUGUGUCCUAAGACACCGGAAGACCGAGCUACUUGCAUCGUAGAUGGAGUAACGUAUAAGGAUGGCGAGUACUUCAACGUAAAAGACAAAUCAGAAUUGACCUGCGUUUGCCGACCGGGAUACAAAGGUAAAAAUGUCGAACCCUUCUGCAUCAAACCCAAACGAAGUUAUUGCAGUCCCGAUUUCCGCGGCGCAGGGAACAUUUAUCAUAAUUGCGCUCCGGUUUAUGGUAGCAGUGAGUUGCCUCAGGCCAAUUGCACCUUCGACAUGCGAUGCCAGAAUGACAAGGACAUCGUCAUUCGUAAACAUGACAACUUGAAAUUUGACGAAGCUCCGAACGAAGCGAACAUGUGUCUGUUUGGUAAUCUCAAGAUGCAUGUCGGUGACCAGCUGAAACAAGACACAGACUUUUCUUCCAAAUGUGUCAAGUGCAUUUGUGAAGUACCACCCAUACCGACCUGCCAGCGUAUGCCAUACGACGAAUGCGAUUAGACACAAGGUACAACAAUGCAGGCAUCAUCAGUUUUUCAGACUUGCGAUAAUCAAAUGAUAUUACUUUUAUUAAACUUGUUAAAUUUUAAAAUCUGUUAUAAAUAUACGCGAUAAUUGUGACCUUUUAAUUUGAAUAAAAUCUUACAUCUUUUCAAGCAUA